GCAGAAAGCUUUGGCAUCCACCGGAGGUCGGAGUGUGCAAGCAGCUUGCGACUGGCUCUUUUCCCACGUGUGUGACCCCUUCCUCGAUGACCCUCUUCCUCGGGAAUACGUCCUCUACCUACGUCCCACUGGCCCCUUAGCGCGGAAGCUGACCGACUUCUGGCAGCAGUCGAAGCAGUUGUGUGGGAAAAACAAGGCCCACAACAUCUUCCCCCACAUCACACUCUGCCAGUUCUUUAUGUGUGAAGACAGCAAGGUGGAUGCCCUCUGUGAAGCCCUUCAGGCAACAGUGACCAGGUGGAGGUGCAAAUUCCCUCUCCCGUUGCCUCUGGAACUCUAUACCUCAUCAAACUUCAUCGGUCUCUUUGUUAAGGAGGACUAUGCGGAGAUCCUGAAGAAAUUUGGCUCGGACUUUGCGGCGGAAGCCACUGCUAAAGCUGCUCUUUGGGGGCUGAAAUAUGAGCUAGUAUCAGAAGUGAAAAGAAAUGAGCUCAAAGUACCAAUGACCUGUGCCUUUAUUUUACACAGUGAUGCCCUGGAGGAACAGCGAGAAGUAUACAGUCCAAGAAUCACGUGA